AUGUUGGCUGUCCAGAAUAUGAAAGUUGGCGUCUUCCUUUUGUGGUGGGGAUGGGUUUUGACCACUGAAGGCAGACAGCACUGGCAAGGAAGAGAAGCACACGAGAUGUCUAAGAAAGGCAGCCCAAUACUGAAGCGAAGCCCUGAUAUCACCAAAUCGCCAUUGACCAAGUCAGAGCAGCUUCUGAGGAUAGACGACCAUGAUUUCAGCAUGAGGCCCGGCUUUGGAGGUCCGGCCAUUCCUGUUGGUGUGGAUGUGCAGGUGGAGAGCUUGGACAGCAUCUCGGAGGUCGACAUGGACUUCACGAUGACCCUCUACCUGAGGCACUACUGGAAGGACGAGAGGCUGUCCUUCCCAAGCACCAACAACCUCAGCAUGACCUUUGACGGCCGGCUGGUCAAGAAGAUCUGGGUCCCUGACAUGUUUUUCGUGCACUCCAAGCGCUCCUUCAUCCACGACACCACCACAGACAACGUCAUGCUGCGGGUGCAGCCCGACGGCAAAGUGCUCUACAGCCUCCGGGUUACAGUGACUGCAAUGUGCAACAUGGACUUCAGCCGAUUUCCCCUGGACACACAAACAUGCUCACUUGAAAUUGAAAGCUAUGCUUAUACAGAGGAUGACCUCAUGCUGUACUGGAAAAAAGGCAACGACUCCUUAAAGACAGAUGAACGGAUCUCACUCUCCCAGUUCCUCAUUCAAGAAUUCCACACCACCACGAAACUGGCCUUCUACAGCAGCACAGGCUGGUACAACCGUCUAUACAUUAACUUCACUUUGCGUCGCCACAUCUUCUUUUUCUUGCUCCAAACUUACUUUCCUGCCACCCUGAUGGUCAUGUUGUCCUGGGUGUCCUUCUGGAUUGACCGCAGAGCUGUACCUGCCAGAGUCCCUUUAGGUAUCACCACGGUGCUGACCAUGUCCACCAUCAUCACGGGCGUGAACGCCUCCAUGCCCCGCGUCUCCUACAUCAAGGCGGUGGACAUCUACCUGUGGGUCAGCUUCGUGUUCGUGUUCCUCUCGGUGCUGGAGUACGCGGCCGUCAACUACCUGACCACCGUGCAGGAGCGCAAGGAGCGGAAGCUGCGGGACAAGCUUCCCUGCACCUGUGGAAUGCCCCAGCCACGCGGGGUCAUGUUGGAUGGCAGCUACAGCGAUGGGGAGGUAAAUGAUCUGGGCAACUACACCCCAGAGAAUGGAGAGAAGCCAGACAAAAUGAUGGUACAGCUGACCUUGGCCUCGGAAAGGAGCUCUCCCCAGAGGAAAAGUCAGAGGAGCAGCUACGUGAGCAUGAGGAUUGACACCCAUGCUAUUGAUAAAUACUCCAGGAUAAUUUUUCCAGCAGCAUAUAUUUUAUUCAAUUUGAUAUACUGGUCUAUUUUCUCAUAAAUGCCUGUAACUCUAUACAUUUCUCAUUCUUCUGUCUGUACCACAGAUGUACCUGUAUGAUGAAAGUAAUUUAAGGUAAUGAUGAAAUUAAAGUUCCCACUACCCACCUUUCUCCGUCUUUCCAAGACAUUGACAAGACAUUUAUGGCUUAAUUUGUACUUACUAACCACCUCUUAUAUCCACAGCAUUCUACUCGGUGCUGCAGGAAUAGGACAUCCGUAGCAACUGGUGAUAGUUGUUAACCAGGAUGCCUUGGAAAAGCACACUGCCAGUGUUGUGGACACAUUGUAGUUCAACCUCUUUUAGAGCCUAGGUGCUUAUUCACAGGAAUGACCCCCUAUGUCCUUGUAUUCUCUGGACUUGGUGGAAUUGGGAAGCACCUAGAGUUCACUUUCAUGGCAUAUACAUGCACCUAAAUCUCCACUUUGACCAAAAUUUAUGCUUCACUUCAUAGUCUAUUCCCUAUUUUUCAAUGUGUCUCCUCAUGUUUAUUUUAAUACAAGGCAAUAAUAAUACUCCUAUUUUUAUUCGUCUUAUGGCUCAUAAGGUUUCACCUCUUUCAGAAGCAAAGCUCUUUGGAUUGGUGCAAUGGCUUCUGACUUGGGGGGAAUUUCCCUGGUAGGGAAACUGAGAGGGUCUAUGCACACAGUCAGUUCUGUCAUAGAGAUAACUAGCCUAGAAAACCUGUGUUUCAGUGCUUCCUGUUUCAUAAUCACUGCUUCAUGGAGCUCCACCUUGGAGCAUGUCCUAGUUCAAAGUGAAGUCCUUUCUCAGUAGUGUGAUAUUUUUACUGAGGAACUUGGGAAUAGACCAUUUUCUGCAUAAACAUUUUAAGAAAAUGCAUAAUUGGGGGCAACCUGUAACCCACUGGGAUGAAAAUGCUCACGUGGUUUCUGAAGAAAAAAGAACAGAAAGAAAAAGAAACGGGAAGACAUCACUGAAGAUCUCCAAUUACGCUUAGUGAAUGCCAGCAUUUUCUGUGAACCAGAAAACAUUGGCCACCUCCUGCCAGGACAACGGAGAAGUGAGAGGGUCCUAUUUGAUGUAUUAUUUAAAAAUAGAGAAGUCAUUAAUACUAUAUAUCUACAGGAACAACCCCCACCAAACUCAUCCAAACAGCAUUUGUUUGAAACUCACUUUAAUAAAGUGAAUUCUAUACACAAUGAUGUCAUUUUCUUUCCAAAGUUAAUUGGACUGAGCACCCAUACUAAAUAAUAUCAUAUUUCUUCGUAUGAGAACUACAUUCUCAUAUGAAAAUAAAACCAUAUUUGCACAAAUCCUAAUUACAAGGUAGUCUCCCAUUUCCCUCAAUAAAGGCUCAUGAAAACAAAAAGUUUUUUGGCAAAUUCAAGAAGAUACUUAGAGGGAUAUAGAAGAAAUUGUUAAACAUUAGUUUUUAAUAUUAAAAUUUUUUUAAACAUUACUUUUUUCAUGCUUAUUUUAUGAAGGAAUUUCUUUUUUUUAAUUUUUUUAAAUUUAUUUAUGAUAGUCACACAGAGAGAGAGAGAGAGGCAGAGACACAGGCAGAGGGAAAAGCAGGCUCCAUGCACCGGGAGCCCGAUGUGGGAUUCGAUCCCGGGUCUCCAGGAUCGCGCCCUGGGCCAAAGGCAGGCGCCAAACCGCUGCGCCACCCAGGGAUCCCUAUGAAGGAAUUUCAAUCAAACUCUUCACCAAUAUCCUUGCCAUUCACUUCUUCCUCAUGACUUGGGCCACUUCAGAGUCACCUAGCAAGGUUUCCAGGGCACAUCAUCUGAAUUUCCAACUGCCUUGUUUGGGAAACUCACAUGGGAUGCUGUAUUAGUCUAGUCUGCUCACAGUAGGUGGCUUAAACAACAAAAAAUUAUCUUAUUUUAGUUCUGGAGGCUGGAAGGCCAAGAUCAAGGUGUUGGCAAGUUUGGUUUCUCCUGAGGUCUCCCUCCUUGGUUGCAGAAGUCCACCUUCUUGCUGUGUCUCCUAGCGCCACCUUUUUCUCUGAACCCACACAACCCUGGUGUCUCUUCCUUUUCUAUAAGGACACUAGUCAUAUUGGAUUAGAGCUCCACCCUUAUGAUCUCAUUUAACCUCAAUCACCUCUUGAAAAGCUCUAUCUCCAAAUAAAUCACAAUGGGAAUUAAGACUUCAACAUAUAAAUUGGGGGGCAGGAAGGGGGCACAAUUUCGUCCAGAACAGAUGUCCACGGGAAUUAUUCAUUAGCAUAAUAGUACAUCCUAUAGAUGUUUGCUAUUGAUCUUUAUAAUGUAAUCACAUACGGUAUUACUUUUUAAAGUUUGCACUGAUAGCCACACUGGUAGUUAAGAAGAAAAAGUGAUUAAAUUCAUGUUCAAUUUCUUUGCCACCUUAAAGCAAUUCUCUCAGGUGACCUCUUCAAGCAUUUCAAACUAGCAUUGAUGGAGGUGAUUUCCAUGCUAAUGCUUUCUCAAGGCUGUACCUCGCUGUCAAAGCUGUGUUUGAGACAGAACUCUAAUACGACUUUGUAAAGACCCAAAUAUAAAGCAACUCCCUCUUUCUGAUGGAUAAUUUUGGAGAGAACCUCAUCAUGCAUGUGGGUGUCUAUAGUACUUAAUAAACUUUUGCUGGCAUGACUAGAGAAUAGGAAGAUUUGGUUAACAACAUUGCCUGGUUAAGAGGCAGGUAUCUUAUGCCCAUAUCGAAUAAUUUUUAAAGAGUCAAAAUACUGUAAAAUACUGUUGAUUUGAACUAUAUCAAACAUAAUUUAUUCUCUGGUAGUUCAGGAUUUUAAAGUUUCUUAUCAUUUUUAUGUUACAAUGUGGACAUCAUAAAACUGUGCAGAGUGUUAACCAGGAAGGAACUGGGGUUAGACCAG